AUGCGACUAUUCCACGAGUACACAAUCUCUAUCCUAGAGCAGGAGCAGCGUCUGAUAGAUGUUCCCUCUAUAUCAGAAGCCGAUGUGCUCCCGGUCCUGGAUUUCGAGGCUGGCGGAAUGGUAGUCGCACUUGUUCGACUUCAGAAGCAGAAUACACGUAAAGCUGUGCAUGGAGACGCAGUGCGGAAUAUACGGGAUGAGCUCGCUGCUGCUGGCAUGAUUUCAUACAAUGUGCCUACACUAUUACGUGUGCUUCAGGAUGGGGAACAAGUCCUCAUAACGCCCUCUGGUAAAGUGUUGAGAAAGGAAUGCCUCCGGAUAUACUUCAAUCUAUCUGGAUACCUGCCAGAUUGGUAUGCCGUGGACGGUGUGGAGUAUUGGGGAAACAAGCUCGAUUUGGCCACUUCAUCACGCCUGUUCUACUGA